AUGAAGCUCCUGACCCACAACCUGCUGAGCUCCCACGUGCCGGGGCUGCGGCCCGGGGGCGGCUUCCCCCUGCGCAUCGAGGCCGCCGAGGUUCGGGUCCGCCCGGUUCCGUUCAACGCCGCCUUCGUGUCCCGCCUGGUGCCGCGGCUGCGCUGGGACGCGCUGCGGGAGGCGGCGGAGAGCCUGGGGCACCCCUCGGAGCUGCCCCCCGAGCCCAUCCCCAACUACGAGGGGGACGAGGAAUUCCUGCGGCGCCUGCACCACGUCCUGCUCGAGGUGGAGGUGCUGGAGGGGGCCCUGCAGUGCCCGGACUCGGGGCGCCGCUUCCCCAUCUCCAAGGGGGUCCCCAACAUGCUCCUGACGGAGGACGAGGCCUGAGGGGGGGUCAGGACCCCCAAAUUCAUCCCCAAAAACGGGGCUGAGACCCUGCCCCUGUUCAGGAUUUUGGGGAGUGCGGGAAAACCCCGAAAUCCCGCGGGAAAACCCCGAAUUCCCGCGGGUGCACCCCAAAAACGGGGCCCAAAUUUCACCCCCCCCCCAAAAGCUGGGAUGGGCGUGGCCUGAUCGCUUCAUUUGCAUGUGGGUGUGGUCGGCAACGCCCAUCUCUAUGCAAAUUAGGGCUUUGUUGUUUCCAUAUUGGGCGGGAAAUUC